ACUCUAGGGAGCACCCCCAUCAAGCCAGAAGAGCGUAUUCACUUAAUAUUCAAAGUCUACAGCACUGGUCGUAAAUGCUUUAUCGUCGAUUUGAGCGAGUGGGCGCAAAUGACUACCAACCAACUAUUACCAUAUGCAUCACAUAAAUAAUAUCACAGCUCAGAGCUUCUACAGAUUGAGGGUUGAAUGGAAAUUCCUUCACAAGAAAGUUGAUUUUUAGCCAAAAUUUCGAAUGUUUAUUAACUUCUUGUACAUCGUAUCGCACAUGUGCGCUGCGCCGUGAUGAAAACGAGAAACAAGAGGCAAGCAACCACCACCAACAACCAACAACCAACAGCCAACAGCGGUACCAUACGCGCUAUAAAGAGGCUUAGUUCAAGGUACUUGAUGUCAAAGACUCUUCUUUGAAGGCACAUCUGCAAGCUUUUAAAGCUCUCCCUCCAAAUAUUCCUGAAAGAUACGAAUACGAAGCAUUGAGUCCGUACCGUAUCCGUAUCCCCGCAUUAAGCUGACGACGAGAGCGAAAAGUUGAAUUUCAAAUUUUAUAUUUUAGUUUCGUGUCGGAUGCAGUGUGGUUCGUUCAUGAAAUUGUGUCGACCUCGCAAUCGGUUGGUAAAAAAGUGAAAAUACACAAAAAUAAAAUGGUGUCCUUAAAGGUUUUUCCUUCUAAUUCUUGAUUGAAUCCAUAAAAUUUAAAAUAAAAUAUCACUUUUCAUCGGAGUCUUAUUGCUUCUAAGAAGUUACGAGUGAACAAAAUUCAGCAUGAUGAGGAAUUAAGGAAUCAGGAGAAUUCUUCCCAUGCCAUUUAAAAAAUUUGAAUUUUGAAAAAAAUAAAUAUCUAUCUGUUAACUAUUUGGUUUGGAUUCAAGUCGCUUUUCAAAAAAAAGUGAAGAAAAGUAAGAUUAGUUAGUGAAAAAAUAUCAGUGAAAAUCACCCGAAAAAAUCAUAUACAUGCAAUUGAUUUCUGUGAAAAAAGCUCAUCCUGUGUGGGGGGCACAGUAGUAGGAGCAAAAGGCAAUUGAAAAAAUUGUUUGGCACAAAACCUUAGACGGAUAUCGGAAAAGAUUAUGAUUUUCCAACAAAACAAAACUCGUCAUUAUGAUAGUGAGAAUUUAAAUUAGCAACUUUUCAGCAUACAAAUAAUGAAACAUGCAUUCUUUCGGAAAAUUACAGCAAAAAGAAAAUUUUUAGAAAAGCUCCCUAAAGCUUUCUUCACCAUCUUCAUUUCCUGCCUCCGUGUCCGCAUAACCCUUGGAGGUUUAAAAAUAUAAUACUCCUACAUAAAUUGUACUCCUAAUAAAAUCUAUGAAAAGCUCUCGAAAAUAUUCUCUUUUAAAAAACAGCAUAUUUCAGUAGAUAAACAACAUCUUCAAAAUCAACUUCAACUUCAACAUUUCAAAAACGCACAAAAAUUACAACAACAAAAAAGACAAUUAUACGCACGAAAGUUAAAAGCUUUCGCUUGAUUAAUAGGUUUUGGUUUUUCUUUUUUUUUGGUAUUUUGAGUGAGUGAGUGAAACGGGGUGACAAAUUUUUGGUGAGAGGAGCACAUCACAACCAUCCAGUGACCGCGAAUGGUGUGAAUAGUGCUAUCGAAAAGUUCGAAAUCGAAAUAUAAAAUGGCGGCUCUAUGUGCGCCGAGAAAAAAGUUCCACCAUCCUGCCGACACAAAGCCAUCGUCAUCGUCAUCGUCAGUGUCCCUGUCCCCAAAUAGAAUUGUUGUUGGUGGAAAAUAUCGUAGUAAUUGUAGUAGCGAGGGUUUUCCAUCUAAACUUCAAUUAAACUUGAGUCCUCGUAGUACAAAUGGUGUCCUUGUCAGUGGUGACGGUAAUGGCGGCGUCAUCGGUAGUGGCAAACCGAAUCCGAAAGGUGAAAUCCAUAAAAGCAAAAACUACAUAAAUAACAAUAACAACAAUAAUAACAACAACAACAACAACAACAACUUAAGGCAUAGGUCAGUACGAUCUCGUGUGGCUGAUAGUAGCAAUAAUUGUGAAAAAAUCGUUAACUUUGUAAAUACGGCUAAGACUGCGGCCACGAGUGGAGGAGGAGGUGGUUUUCGUUUUUCCGAGCAGUUUCCGCGAUUGACUAUGUUGCAAUUGAUUACGUUCGGGCUGAUAUUGCAGCUGGGGCUGUCCUCGGUGUGUGGAGCAUUUCAAUUGGACGGUUCCCAGAGUUCGUUUGCUCAGUUUCGAAAAUGGUAUACGGGUCUGAAUGGUUCCCUCGAAUUGGAGUUCAAAACCGAACAACCGAACGGUUUGGUGCUGUAUACUGACGAUGGGGGGACUUAUGACUUCUUUGAGUUGAAACUUGUGGAGGGUGCUUUGCGUUUGCGAUAUAAUUUGGGAGGUGGUGCUCAAAUUAUAACCGUAGGACGAGAGCUGCAUGAUGGACAUUGGCAUAAAGUUCAGGUACUGCGAAAUGAUGAACAAACUACUCUGGUUGUUGAUGGGGUCUCCCAAAGCCGUUCGUCCAGAGGGAAGGAAUUUCAAUUUGGCAAGUUUGCAACAAACUCGGAUGUGUAUGUUGGGGGAAUGCCAAACUGGUACAAUUCAAAACUGGCUCUUCUUGCUCUGCCAAGCGUUAUAUUUGAGCCCAGAUUUCGUGGUUCUAUUCGUAACCUAGUGUAUGCCGAUCAACCAGGAGUCGUAACUAGAAGACAGGAAAUGAAACAAGCACGUGAUAUAAAGUGUGGUGAUGGACCUUGUGAUCACUCUGAAUUGCCCAGAGAGAAGGUCACGCGGGUACGUAAUUAUGGCCUUCGUGGUGGUAAUAUGACUGACGCUUGUGAAAGAAAUGAUCCUUGCCAACAUGGCGGUAUAUGCAUAUCAACAGAUUCUGGUCCAAUAUGCGAAUGCAGAAAUUUAGAAUUCGAAGGACAAUACUGUGAAAAAGAAAAAGCUCCUUCAGAAGCCACAUUUCGAGGGACCCAAUUUCUUUCCUAUGAUUUGGGGCAAACCGGAGCCGAGCCGAUAGUAAGCGCACAAGAUGCUAUAACCCUAUACUUUCGAACACGCCAGCCAAAUGGACUUCUCUUUUAUACAGGACACGGCACCGACUAUCUGAAUUUAGCCCUAAGAGACGGGGGUGUUUCUUUAACAAUGGGAUUGGCAAAUGGUAAACAGGAAAUGCACAUAAAGCCUUCUAAAGUACGAUUCGAUGAUCAUCAAUGGCACAAAGUUACUGUUCAUAGGAGAAUUCAAGAGAUUUCGUCCAUAACUAGUUUCUGCAGGCUCGUAACUGUUGUUGAUGACGUGUACACAGAUCACUCCCACAUUGCUGGUAAAUUUACGAUGCUCUCAUCAUCACGAGUUUACGUAGGUGGAGCUGUUAAUCCAAGAGCACUUUUGGGUGCUCGAGUGCACAACAAUUUUGUCGGAUGUUUGCGAAAGGUGGAAUUUUCAGCCGAUACUCUAUGCUUGAACCUGAUUGAUUUGGCUAAAAGCGGUUCGAAACUUAUUCAAAUUGCUGGAAACCUAGAAUAUCAAUGCCCACUUGGUGAUCCUCAGGAUCCUGUAACAUUUACAACAAGAGAGUCUCAUUUGGUUCUUCCACCAUGGGAAACUGGAAAACAAAGUUCCAUAUCGUUCAAGUUUAGAACAAAAGAACCAAAUGGACUUCUAAUUCUUACAACUGGUUCACGGCCACCCAGAGCUAAAAAUGCUGUUCUUUUCGCGGUGGAGCUACUUAAUGGUCAUAUCUACAUUCAUUUGGACCUCGGAUCUGGAGCGGCGAAGGUACGAGCAUCAAGGAGGAGGGUGGAUGAUGGAGACUGGCAUGAUUUGACUCUUCGCCGAAACGGAAGGGAUGCAAAGGUUAGUGUUGAUGGGGCAUGGAACGAGUUUAGAACACCUGGAGAAGCAACAAUACUGGAGCUGGAUGGACCGAUGUAUGUCGGCGGGACUGGACCUAUUUACAGCACAACUAUUUGGCCAUCGGCAAUUUGGACAGCAACCUUGCGGCAAGGUUUUGUGGGAUGUCUGAGAGACUUGGUUCUAACGGGAAAAGCUAUAGAUAUUGCUGCCUUUGCUCGACAGCAGGAUUCAGCUUCUGUGAAACCAUCGUGUCAUGUCCAAGCAAAUGUUUGCACCGGAAAUCCCUGUCAGAACGGAGGAACUUGUACUGAAGGAUGGAAUCGACCAAUUUGCGAUUGUUCGGCUACUCUUUACACCGGGCCCACUUGUGGAAGAGAAUCGGCAACUUUGGCUUUUAAUGGGAGCCAACACAUGACUAUUUGGUUGGGUAAUGGCCAAGGUACAAAAACUCAAACUGAAGAGCUCAUACUUCGGUUCAAGACUGCGCGCCCUGUAGGUCUUCUCUUGCUCACUAGUGCCGAGUCUAACUCGCCAGACCGAUUAGAAAUAGCUCUUGUUGCGGGACGAAUUCGUGCCAGUGUACGUUUGAGUGAUCGGGAAAAGUAUCUACUUGCGGGACAGUCUGUCUUGAAUGAUAACAACUGGCACACGAUUCGUUUCUCGCGUAGAGCUUCCAAUUUAAGGCUACAAGUUGACGGGGCUCCCCCCGUCAGGGGUAUGUUAUCCGAAACCAUUUUGGGACGACACAGUACGAUGGAAAUAAGAUCGAUUCAUCUGGGAGGACUUUUCCAUGCUGAAGAGGAAAUUCAAAUGACAUCGACAGUGUCAAACUUUGUGGGACAAAUGCAGGGAUUUGUUUACAAUGGUCAUAGAUACAUUGACAUUGUAAACAAUCUCGGUCCGGAGCUAUCCGCCCUGCCAACAACAACAUUCAAAUUGACAGCACGCUUUGUGAAUUCACCACCCGGCAAUCCAUAUCAUGCGGCAACGUUUCGUUCAAAGCAUUCAUACGUAGGCCUCCCAAUGUUAAAAGCCUACGCCACGAUUUCAAUAGAUUUCAGAUUCAAAACGGUCGAACCGAACGGCCUGCUUCUGUACAACGGUGGAAGGCGUAAUGAUUUCGUGUCCAUUGAACUGGUAAAUGGUCACAUUCACUACACCUUCGAUUUGGGUGAUGGUCCGGUAACGAUUCGUGACAAGUCCAGAAUUCAUAUGAACGACAACCGAUGGCAUUCGGUUAGUAUAAGACGACCAGGCCCCAAGACCCACACCCUAACCGUUGAUGACACAUUUGAGAUUGUCACACUUCCCGGCAGCAAUAUGCAUCUUGAAUUGUCUGGUAUUUUGUAUAUCGGAGGAGUGUUCAAGGACAUGUACUCGAAAUUGCCAUCGGCAAUUUCCUCGAGGUCUGGCUUUGAGGGUUGUUUAUCCUCGCUAGACUUGGGCGACACUUCACCCUCUCUGACGAGCGAUGCUGUUGUGCCAAGUUCCUUGGUUGUUUCCGGAUGUGAAGGACCGACAAAGUGCAGUCAGAAUGCUUGCGCAAAUCGUGGCAUAUGUGUACAACAAUGGAAUGCCUAUGCAUGUGAAUGCGAUAUGACUUCUUACACUGGACCUACGUGCUAUGAUGAAUCGAUUGCUUAUGAGUUUGGUACCAACAAAGGGGGUAUUAUUCAGUACACCUUCCCAGCUGGACUUCAACCUGACACCGAAGAGGAUAACGUUGCUCUUGGAUUCAUCACAACAAAAUCGGAUGCUGUGCUACUAAGAAUGGAGAGUGCCACUACACAGGAUUACAUGGAGCUUGAGAUUGUGGAAGGAAACAUUUUUAUGGUCUAUAAUAUUGGAACGCGCGACUUGCCCCUCGGGGAGAUAACAACUAAAGUCAAUGACAAUAACUAUCAUGUAGUGCGAUUUAUCCGCAACGGGGGCAAUGCUUCUCUCCAGCUCGAUGAUUACAAUGUUCAGACAGUUUAUCCUCAAGGUCAUCAGUCAACUGUAUUUAAUACAAUGACAAACAUACAAGUCGGUGGCAAAUAUAGUCGUUCGGGUCGAUUUCGAGUAGAACGACCAUUUGCCGGAGUUAUAGCUGGAUUAUCAAUUAACAAACUUCGCAUUUUGGACCUAGCCGUUGAACGCGACCCACACAUUACGAUACGAGGAGAUGUACAAUUGGUAACUGGAGUAUUAGAUAGAAAUGAUCUGCAAAGAAUGCAGCAGACCCCGGCUAGCGGUUAUCCGGGAGCAAUGGAUGAUCUUAUAUUUUCUGGAGCUGGGUCUGGCUGCAGGGGAGACGAUGAGGAUGAGUGUACUCCUCCAUUUGAAUCGGGCAGUGGUGAUGAUUUAAUCACUCCGGUAUAUGUUCCACCCACAAAACAACCUUCAAGUCCUCAGAAAGGAGUCCUAGAUAAGGGUGAUACAAGUGUUACGGAAAGGACAUGUGAUGAUGAGGACUGUCUGCAUGGGUCCGGAGAUUAUGGUGAAACUACAGAGCAGUUUACGUCAACAACAUCAACAAAGGGAACAGAAUCUAUCGUUGACACUUCUAGUUCGACCACAACAAGUGGUACCUCAAAGAAGCCGGAUGCUGUUAUCACCACAGAAACCCAUCAUACUACUGCUUCCAGCAAAGCAGAACAAGACACCACCAGCACAAUUCACGACACAACUAUUGCUGUUACAACAACUGGCGUCAAAACUACGCCAUACCACACCACAGCUAUUGCUACAACGCCCCAAGGCACUUCAACAACUACAACAACCACAACGCAUCGUCAAGUCUACACAUCGCCACCAGAACGAGAAACAACACCUUAUGACACAAGUCAUACAGUGCCCGAAAUUCCUGAAAGGACUUCAACUACUGAAAUAGAAGAAGCACCAUUACCUCCACCACCCCCACCACCCGAGCCAGAGCCUGAAACGCCACCAUACAACUAUCAGCCCAUACCGCCACCAGCGCCACCAUACAACAACAACAUCUACAGACCCAAGAGCAAAAGCGGACGGAUAAAUUCCAUCGAAGAGGAACGCACUGCCAUGAUUAUCGGAAUAGUAGCAGGCAUCCUAAUAGCAGUUGUCCUAGUUAUCCUGCUCGUCCUGUGGCUAAAGUCCAAUGGUGACCGAAAUUACAAAACCGAAUCAGAAAAGGCUGCUGCCUACGGAAGUCACAACCCGAACACAGCACUUCUCGGCAACACCAGUACAAACGGAUCUUAUCACCAACAGCGCCAACAACACCUUACAAAUGGCCAUAACAAUAUGCCGACCCAAAGUGACCGCGGAGGUGGCUCAUACGGUGGCAUGGGUAGCAGUGGUGUAAACGGCGGAGGAGGCGGUGGUGGAGGCGGAAGUGGCGUUAUAAAUGGCGGCGACCGUCAACAAUCCACAGCGGGUCUUGUGCAGCCCAAACAGAAAAAACGCGAUUCCAAAGAUGUCAAAGAGUGGUAUGUGUAAAAAGUAGUUAUAGGAAGAGCUAGAAAUUAAAUAUUUAAUUAAUAACAAAAACAAAAUAACUCACCUACAUACAAAAUAAUAUUAAACAUUAUUUUAGAAGCAAACAAAAUUAACACAUAAUUCCUAGCGUUUAACUUUAAAAAGUUGAACUAUUGAAAAAAAAAAAAAACAAAAAACAAAAUAAAUUUUUGAAUCAAUAAGUUUUAAACUAAAAAAAAAUCAAAAAAUAAAAUUUAAUAAAGGCAGAAUUUUAUUCAAAGGACUUAAGCAAUUUGAUUGAAAUUUUUCUACACAAAAAGCUUUAAACCAACAAAAAGAAGAAAAUUUUUAAAAAAUUACCUACCAAUAACAAAAACGUCUAAGUGACGAUUGUUUAUUUUUAAAUCCGGCUUCAGCUUAUUAUUAUUAUUUUUUGGUAUAUGGUAAAUAAAUUUUUGCAAGUAAACUUUAUAUUUUAUACAAAAUAAAAUAAAAUAUUAUUUUAAAGAAUGAUUUAGUUUAAAUAAUAAUAAUACUGUAAGUAAAAUGAGAUUAUUCAAAGAAAGUGUAUAGUAAAAAAUGAGAAAAAAGAAUAGACAAAUUUUUUUAAGGAAAAAAGUUAUUAGUUAAUUUUUAGAAUUAAAAAUAUACAAAUACGUGGUGCUGUAAUUUAGUCCCAAAAAUGCAUUUAAUUUGAAUGAUUAUUAAUGAUUAAUAAUGAUUAUCUUUGUUGUAUGUACUUUAAAACUUCGAUAACUUAUCGCGCGUUUAAUUAUUUUUAGUUUUUGAAUUUGCACAAAAAUUAUCUUGUGUUUUUUCUACAAGCUGUUCGGUGUUUUGCUAACUGCUUUUUUUUAAUUUUGCUUAUUCAAUAAAUACUUAGUCUUUUAUCAUAAAUUAUUUCUUAAAAAAAUUUAAUUAGCUUAAAGUUGUCAGAAAAACUUAUGAUUUUGUUGUUAAAUUGCAAAAUCAAAAGUUAAGUGGUUUUACUUCAUCCGCCGUAUAAAAUUGUUGUAAUAAGUACAUCAACUUAUCUAUAUUACAAAACAACAAUGUUAACAAAUCGGUUUUAAAGGGUGAGCCGUCGAAAGGUUUGCAAAGGCAAAUGCUAUUGCUUUGCUAUGGUUUGUUCACACCUGAUAUUAAAUGAAGUACCCGCAGUUGCAAAUCAUUAAUUGAGUUAAGGAUUUUAAAUAUUUAUACUUUAUCGUAUUUACUUGAAAUUAUUCCAAGUAUUUAAAAUAUUGAUCAAUUAAUUUGUCUUUUAUGUGGCCUCAUAUUAAGUACAGUCUGUUACAUAAGAGCGGUGUCACUGUUAAAUAAUAACAACAAUUGAUUUUUCGAAAACUCGCAAAUGUAUUGAUAAUUUGGUCGUCAAUACUCAAUGCAAAUACCUCAGUAGCAAGUCCAAUCUUCUUUAUUGUCAAUUAUGGCCUGGCACCGUCGGGGCACUAGUCUUUAGGCAUAUUCUACCGGAAAAGAUUAAAUUACAUGGCUUGCGUCUGCAAAACUACUUUUUUAUCAUAGCCCACACAUUUUGUAUGAGAUAUGUAUCCGGUGACUGAGAUGGCCAAUCUACACGCUCGACUCCGAUGUUUUGGAUCGUUGUCCUCUGGAAGGAUCCAGCUUUCAUUUUUCUUGAUAUACCAUUGCUUAGAUGGUAACAAAGCCUUUUGAUAUAUUUUAUUUAUUUUUUUGGAAUUUAAACUCUCGGUAAAUAAGAACAAAGUACCGAAACCUUUGUUUGAGAAGCACCCAAAAACAUGGACCUUGCCGGGUUGAACAUUCGGUUGAAGCAUCCUACUGGUUGAGGUUUUCUAUUCUUGUUUGAUGCUCGGAAAUGCCCAGAAUGAGGAUUCAUCAGAAAAAAUUAAGUUGCUCUAAUAGCGGUCCAAGUUUUCCUUCGCCCAUUCCACUCGAUUUUCAGCUUCACGCGAAGUCAAAGUUGGAUCUUUCGCGAACAAUGCGAGAAUCUUUUUUUCGGCUUUUUUUGAGACUUUGCUUGCACUUCCGCGAUCAGGAAAAUCAUCAACGUUACCGGCCUUUUAUAGCGAUUUAUCCACUUGCUAACGAACUGCUUCGACUUUCCCAUAUAUUUCGCAAUAGCGCAGUUUGGGUUAAUUUUGGUAGUUUUUCAUGCGAACAUAGAAAAAAUACGCUAGAGGCGUAAACAGAACUCAUUUCGAAAAACCACUCAAUUGAAGACUAAAUUUGACAGACAGCUGACUUUUUACAAAAAGCAUGGAAGACUGAGGUGCCCUCUAUGUCAUAGAAAAAGAAACAGGAAUCUCCGAUUUUUUAUCAAUGUGUAAACCUUACAUAAAAAUUGAUCCUGUAAUUUCAAUUUUUUCAGAAGUCAAUUGGCCACCUUUUUCAGUGUUAACUUGAAUAAUUGAAACUUAACUUUCGGAACCGAAAAAAAAACUCACAUUGUUAAUUUUAUUUUAAGUUCAGCUUUACUAAAACUUCCUAAUAUCAAGCAUAUAGUGAUGUGGGAGCUCAAAACAUUCGUCUUCUAUUUCGUGUUUUGUAGGCUUUACUUUUUUACCGACACUGACUUUUGGGAGAAUUCGACAAAGUCUUCAAAAGUUUUGAAUUACUUUUUAAUGUACAUCGUUCUAAAGAUGAACAAAUUAGUUUGGAUUCGUUUUGAAAACAAAAACAAAUUAGUUCAAGUUACACACUGAACAGCAGUUUUAUUUUGUAUCCGUUUUUAUGUUCUUUUUUAAAAGUAAUAUUUUAAGUUCUAGCUUUGCAAGCGACAUCAUUUUAAGAUGCAUAAUAUAUCACAGAAACGAAUCAUUUACAAUAUAUAGCUACAACAAGUAGAUUUAAUGCAAACAAAAUGUAAACAUAUCAUAGCGAGGAUACAACUCGUACCAAGAAAAAAUCAAACUCAAAAGAACAAUUUGCACUUCUUGCAAUUAAACACUUCUUUGUGUUUAUCAAGGACUAAAUAUAUUUUAAAUCUUUGUAAUAUUGUUUUUUCUUAAAGUACGCUUAUUGUACUUGCUAAACAAAAAAAGAGACUAAUUUUUUCUUUAAUCUAUUUCUGAAGACUAUAUAUAAAUGUAUAUUGAACAAUUUUAACGAAGACUAUCACGUUUCUAUGCGAAAUGUAUUGUACGUAUUUUUAAUUUAAUAUUUUCUUUUCUUAAUUAAUGAAAAAUAAGGGUUAAAAAGAUGUCGCUUUGGCUUUUUUUGUGUAUAUCAUUUAAUAUUCUUUUUUAAUCAUAAAUACAAAUGAUUGUAUAUUAAUUUAAGAUAAUUUGCACUGUACAUACAAAUAUAUUUGAAUUGCAACAAUAAAAUAAAUUAAAAAUUAAAUUUUUUCAUUCAUAUCAAAGUUAAUGAUAAAUUAAAAUGUAAAUAUUAGGUAAAAUUAAAAUUAUAAAUAAAUAUAAACGAAUAACUAAAAUGCAAAUUUAAACAAAAAUAUAAAGAAAUUUAGUAUCUCACAUAAAGUUAUACAGACAUAUAUAUAAAUACAUUAUGAAUUAAACAACAAUUACGUUAAAUGGUUAAAAGGAAAAAAUAUACCUAUAAUUUGCAAUUUGUUUUUAAGUUUGUUACUGUUACCGUAAUAUUAUUAAAAAUAUAAUUGAGCGUUAUAUAUCGUAUACAGCUGAUAUUUAUUUUUACAUCACGAUGGUAAAGUAGAAAAGAUAUUACAUUGUUUAUCAGUUUUUGAUUUUUGCAUAUAAAUCAUCUUAACAAAUCAAUAAAGUUUGACAAUAAAAUAGUAAACAAAGAAUAAAGAUAAAAUAAAAACAGAAUAAAAAAGGCACAUAAGUUAUAUACACCUAAAACGCGUUGUAAAAUAAUAAACAGAACGCAGGCUUAAACAAUUAUUGUAUUUAAAGCAUUUGUAUAACUUAUUUUAGCCCCAAACAAAAAAGUAUAUAAAAUAGACAAAUUCAGUAUUAGCAACAUAAUUCAGUAUGUAAAUCAUAUAACAAUGAAUGGGAGGGUAAGGAAGAACACGACGUGUUUAAAUAGUGACAUGGUAAUAAUUAUGUAAAUACAUAAAUUAGUAUACUAUAUUAUGAGUAUGUUCAUGGAGCCAUUACUGUGUGAUUUUUGAUUUUUUUUACCAAAUGCUCGAGUUUCGCUGGGAUUUUUUGUAUUUUAAUGUUUUUGAUUUCCAUUGCUUAAAAACCAAUCCAGAUGUAGCUAAGAUUUAACUUAUAUUUCCAGAAUUUCAUUUCCUUGAGAUUGAGAGAAGGGUUUCUCCGCAUUGUCCUAUUGUCCUACUAACUUUUUCUUGUUUUGUUUUUGAGUUACAUGAAGCAAAUUGCUCGCACAAGCGUUCCUUUACAGAAUGUGACCCCAGAUCCAGGCCGAUAAGUUUCUCUGUGGAAGGUGCACAUAAGGCCGCAUUCUGCAUUCCGCAUCUGUAUAAUGUUGGUGAUUUAAUGUUCACACUACGCGAUGCUUUAAGCAGCUCACAAUUAAUUAUAUUUAAGGUAGAAAUAAAUGUAUUAAGGUUUUCUUUUGGUUGCUUGGAAAUAUUCUACACCAGUUAUACCAUGAUUUUUAUAAGGAUUGAAGCAAAUUAAAAAUGACAUAACAUAAAUAUUAUACACGAGUGCAGACAGUUUGAUUUUUCCAAUAAGAGUUUUAAUUUUGAAUCUGAUCUGGCUGUUAUCUACAAGCCUUAUACAGUCCAAAGCUAAAUUAUAAAUCUCAUCUCCCGGUGCUUUGGCAAUUUACUUAAGCCUCUUGGACAGUAUUGAAAAUGCUCUAAACCAUUUAGAUUGAUUAGUGAUAAUACAAUCAUAGGAUUAUUUAGUCGCUUGAACAUCGUGGUGAAGUUUCUUGCCUCACUAUUUUUGACCGUUAUUUUAACAGUUUAUGUUCUAUAGAAAUAGUCAGCUGAAUUCCUUCCCUUAAACAGUUCAACCGUAAUACUCGCGCUUCUAGGAAUGCUUAUCAGUAUACCCUCGAGCCUAACUUGUACUGUCAAGUACAGGGAUUAAGCCGUAAUACUCGAGUGUGAGAUUAUUAUAAAAAGAUGCUUAGAAUUGGCCAAAUAAAUUUCGAUUACAAAUCUUUAGAAUUCUUUCUGUGGGCCCACGUAAAAUAUAACUUCAAAGAUACAAUUCCUGACACUUUCGAGGGCAACAGAGAAUGAACAAUUUAGGAAAAGCAUUUUCUUGAUUUUGUUUUCAAGAUUUGUAGGUAUGUUAAAACUAAACCACUUAUUGGAAAACGCCGCUGCCGGUACAAACGCAAGACGUUAAAUUUCAUAAUGGGUGUUACUUUCAUACAUUAACAAUUAUAUUAUUCUGUUUACAUUUCAUUUUACCAUACACUUAUGCACAUCGACUUUACUUGGUUCUAAGCCUUUUCCCAAGAGGAUAAUUGUUGGUUAGGCAUUAAAACAAUAAAUCACUUAAUAUGUAUAGAGCCGUGUUGAAAAUACUUAUUUUAAAUUAUUGACAUUUAUUAAAGCCUUAUUGUUUGUAAUACGCUCCAGAGGUACACAAUUUUGUUUUGCAGUUCAACACAUAUUUUUAAGAAUUGAUUUUAAACCCUAAAGGUGAUGCAAUUUUUCAAACCUACCUUACAUUUUUUGUACAUCUUACUUAAUACGUACUCUUAAUCUUAAUAAUAAUAAUAAUUGCACUCUUUUCAUGGUCCUCUUGUUUUUUUGUUUUUCAAGAUAUGAACACAUUAUAAACUAUAUGUUUAUAACACUGCACUUGACCCUUAUAAAAUCUCAAUCUUAUAGCUCUAUAGAAAAACAAACAUCUAUAAAAAAUAAAAUUUAAGGAUUUGUUCAAAAAUACUCACCGUAUAAUAGAAAAUUCCGUCCGCUAUUAAUUAUAAAUUUGCUUAAGCAGGAUUUUUUUUGCAAGCUAAAAAAGCAUUAUUACAACUUCCAAAUGUGUUCGUUAAAAAAUAUAUAAAUAUAAACUCUUACAUUAAAAACCAGAAAAACAAAUCAAAAUCUAGUACGUAUGCCUUUAAACAAAUUUUCCAUCUCGUGUUUUGACUCUUGCGUCGCGUCGUCGUCAAGGUAUAAGUUUAUUACGAAAAAAUAGUCUCGCAUUUUCUUCAUUCAAAAUAAACUCAAUUUUUUCGAAUCAUUUCGAAAUUUUUUACAUUUUCUUAUACCUAAACUUUUUUGAAAAAAAACUACAUUUUUGUUAACUUUUUAUAAAGAAAAAUCUAUUCAAGCAUUUAACAACACUCGUUCAGCACCAAUCAAUUUAUUAUCUACAUGCAUUUUCAUUAUUAUACUCCGCGUAACUAAAUAUAAUAAAUUAUCUACAAAAUUGUACAUCAAUUCUCCGAUUUUAUUAAAACUAAUAGUAUGUAUAUACUGAAUGUUUUUUAAUUUUAUUUUUCCUUGCACACUAACUAGCCAAAUUUUCUUAAGUGUCAUUUAUACUGCAAACAAUUCAAAAAGCUGCACUCUUUUCCAUUUAUCCAAAAAACAAAAGUUAUUAGAAUAUUGUAUGUAUCUAUGUUUUUAACGUUAAGUAAAAAUGUUUUAUUUUUUCAAAAAGCUUGUUUUCAAAAGCAAAUACAAAAAUUAAUCACAAAAAAUAUAUAGGUAUUUAUUGAUUAUUUUGUAUUAUACAAUAAUUAUUAUAUCUUAUAUAAAAACAAAAUAAAUCGACGGAAUAUUGUGUUUCUAAAAAGAAAAUGUGUUAAGGGUGAGAUAAAAUAUCGUGAAGUUCAUGUGUAUUUUUAAUAAACAAAAAAAUUAUAUUAUUUUAAAAUGCAAUGUAUUAAUACGAAAAAAAAAUAAAUAAUGUUGUAGUAUGCUUUCAAUAUUAUACUGCAUCAUUUAAAAAUAUAUAAUAAACAAAUUUAACAAGCAAAGUGCAACAGAAAGCGACAUACGAGUCAUAAGUAAGACAAAAUGAUAAAAAUAACAAAAUUCAAAAUAAAAUUAAACAAAACAUAAAAUAGAUAUGUACGAGUAUAUCAUAUAUAUCUAUUAAUAAGUUUAAUGUAUUUAGAUUAAUUUAUUUUAAAUAUAUAAUAAAACAAAGUGUGCGACUGACUGUUUUAAAAAAAAAAAUAUUUAAAAAGAUUAAAAAAUACGAAAGUGUAUAUAUAUAUGCAUGUGAAUAUAUAAAAUAAUAAACAAUUGCAUAUAUAUAUAUAUUCUUAGGCAAGUGUAAUAGAAAUGAAUUAGAGACAAUUUAUCUAUGUAAAGCAGAUAAGCAAACCUAUAGACUUAUAAGCUGUAAAUUAAACAAAAAAGAAGAGUAAACAUAAAUAAUAACACAAAAUUGUAUAGGAAAUAAAAAUUGUUGUUAAGUAUUAUUUAAGUAUAACAAAAUAUAAAACAAAAUAAUUUAAGAAUAACACACAACACACAAAAAACAAAAAUCAGAAAACAGAAAAAGAAAAUACAGACUAUAGGCUUUUAUUAUAAUAAAUUAUGUAGAAAAAUAAAUAAAAUAUAAUUUGCUGUUUAUUUAAUUUAAGUGUAGCUACCUAAUUUAUUGUGUUCAAUCAUUUAGUAGUCCAACAUUUAAAUAAAAGGACUUUACAGUUUUAGUGAUUUAUUUAGCAAAAAGAAAAUUUAAAAAAAAAGGCAACAUUUGUAAGCGGCCAUCUUUAAAUAUAUUGUUUAAUAUUUUUUUUUAAUAUUAAUAUACUUUUAUGAUUAAUAUUAUUUAUACAAUUAAAUUUUGUAUAUUAUUUUAAAAUAUAUACACAUUUUGUAUGAAAAUACGUAAAGUUGAGAAAUAGAAAUGAAGGUUUAAUAUUGUUAUGAUGGUUUAUUUUUUAAUUCGAUUAUGUAACAAAAUAUCGACAAGAAAAGUAAAAAAAUAAAUAAAUAAAAUGCA